AAGGGGAAGAAGCUUCAUAAGCACCUUACAAGAAAACGAAAGCCGGUCUUCUCUGUGUAGUGAAUUGAAUGCGACCACAACAAGGCUUUCACCCCUUUUCUCUUUCUCUCUCCUCCUCUUCUCGCUCCUCUUCCGCCUCCCCCCUCCCCCACUUCCUCCACGACAGCAUUUGGACUAAGUUCAAAGAUUCCCCUUUUCUCUUGCUACAAAUAUGAGAAUGUGCGCCCAGAUUUCUUGCACCUUAUUCUAUCACUCCUGUGAUUUUUUCCACCCCAAGUUUGUGUUGAUUUGAUUUCUAAGCCUCCCCAAAACUUCACCUUGAAAAAGUAGCACACCAACUGGCCUUUUAAAUCGUUGUUUUCCCCUCUGAAAUUCCAUCCCUGCCAAGAACUAAGCUUGCUUUUCGUCACAGAGCAAUUGCUGCUCACAGAAAGGGGGAAUCUAGAGUUGCAGGAAUAGCUCUUUCCAUGGGUGAAGCACCAGCAUUCUUUGUUGAUGAGCUGCAGAAGGGAUUUGCAAAUGGUUUCGAUGUAAAAUCAAAAGGCGAUGAAACUUCCGUUGCCUACGGCAACAGAACAUAUGUGAUUGGUGGAGCCUGUGAGGAAUCGGCAUUGUCAAUUGGAGUUCGUAUUCUUGAUCAAUCCAGUGGUGAAUGGAUAAAUCCUACUGUGUUGGGAACAAAACCCAAGCCAUCUAAAGGCCAUUCAGCAGUGCUUUUAGCUGAAGACCGAAUAUUGAUUACCAAGAAUGAUUCCAGCGCAGACGAUUUUGCUUGGUUUCUUGAGGUGGACACCCAAUAUGUUAGGCAGCAGAAGAAAAUUUUGGGCACCGAGGUUGUUGCGUGGAGUAAGGGUGUGAGGGCCUAUGCUGAGAAGCCAGUUGUUAUUAGUGGUCCUUCCGGGGUAGGUAAGGGGACACUAAUAUCCAUGCUCAUGAAAGAAUAUCCAUCCAUGUUUGGAUUCUCUGUGAGCCACACAACCCGUGCUGCAAGAGCUAUGGAAAAGGAUGGGGUCCAUUACCAUUUCAUUGAGAGGAGUGUCAUGGAGAAAGAAUUAGAAGAUGGCAAGUUCCUUGAGUUUGCUUCUGUGCAUGGAAAUCUCUAUGGAACUAGUGUUGAGGCAGUAGAAGUCGUAGCAGAUGAUGGGAAGAGAUGCAUUCUUGACAUCGAUGUUCAAGGGGCAAGAUCUGUGAGAGCCAGUUCACUUGAAGCUAUCUUCAUCUUUGUAUGUCCACCCUCAAUGGAAGAGCUUGAGAAGCGCCUUCGUGCAAGGGGGACUGAGACAGAGGAACAGGUCCUAAAGCGACUUCGAAACGCUAAGACAGAGAUUGAGCAAGGGCAAUCAUCAGGCAUCUUUGAUCAUAUGUUGUAUAAUGAUAACCUGGAAAACUGUUACCAGAGUCUAAAGGAACUCUUGGGGCUAGAUGGAACUGUCACUGCAGCUCCUAAAUCAUCAACUAAAGUGGUUGAUCUGCCAAUGGACCAUUCGUUGACCAAGAUUGAUAACAAAAUCAUCAUAAACUCCAGAACUCCAGAACUAGAAAAAGCAUCAGCGAACAUGAUCGUGCUGGAUGCAUCAUCCCUCAAAGGAGGGGCUCCUGGACGGACUAGAGGACUAGACAUUCAUACCAUGGACUCAUUUCUAGAUGGUCUGUCCGGGAUUACUCACUGAGAUAAAGAUUUCAACCCUGAAGGACGCCAACUUUGAUUUCUUAUUCGUACUUUCUUUUUCAUCUCUUUCAGUUUUUAUCUAAAAGAAAAGUGAUGAUAUAUGAAUGUGGGGAUCAUCCAUAAAUUGAAUUAUUUCGUUCCCA